AAGAAAAGGGGAGGAGACCGAGAUUAUUUGGUUUGUCAAAUCUCACAAAUCUUAAGCAAAACCCUUUCGUCGUCCUUCUCUCUCCUUCUCUGAUUAAUGGCCGUCUCAUCGUCUUCUAUUUCCUCCCACACAUCCGAUUCGGCCUCAUCGUCGGACUCAUCCUCGUCUCCGUACCGUCGCCGUCACCGCAACCGCCGAGACAGGGACAGAAAUAAAGAGGCUCUUAAGAUCCGGAAGAAGAGUAGUAAGUCCAACUCCAAACGGCGCCGUAAACGCCACCACUCCUCGGAUUCUUAUGAUUCCUCCUCUGAUUCUUACUACUCAAGGAGUGACAGUUCAUCUGACUGUGAGCAUGAAACAUCAAAUCAUUCAAGGAGGCACAAGAAAAAGGACAGACAUAAGAAGACCAAGGAAAAGGACCGAAGUAAGAGUCAUCGCCAUAAACGUCAGAAGCACAAAGUUAAGGAGAAGCAGCAGGAUGAGAGAAGUAGUAGCCCUGUACAGCUUUCUAAGUUUUUAGGGCGUGACAAGGACGAUGGUGUGCGUCGCAGCGCAGUUUCAGGAAAAAAGAUCUUAUUGAAACUUGAAAAAUCAAAGGAGGACAAGGAGGCAGAAAGUAAAAGGAAUGAAUUGCUGAAAUUCUUGAAUGCUAGUUUUGAUUGAUUUAGGGGAGCUCUACAACAAGAUUCUAAGAUCAACUGUGUGAAUCAUCAGAAUCAUCUUGUGCUUCUUAGCUAAAAGAUCCAAUGUGUGUUGUGAGAGAAGAUUUUCUAGAAGAUUCAUAUCACAAGUUUAUCCUGUAUGGAGUCCUAUUUAUCAUGAAAAAUAUAAACACUGUUAAAUUAGAGUCGUGAGCCGUUGUGACAUGUGAGAAUUAGCAAGACUCACUAUUGGUAUGACAUUGUAUCAAUUUGAUGCUUAUUUAAACAUUACUCUCCGAUAAAUUACAUGACUUUGAUUAUUC